AGCAACAGCAGCAGCAGCAGCAGUAGCAACAGUAGCAGCAGCAGCAGUAGCACCAGCAGCAACAGCAGCACCAGCAACAGCAACAGCACCAGCAGUAGCACCAGCAGCAACAGCACCAGCAGUAGCACCAGCAGCAACAGCACCAGCAGUAGCACCAGCAGCAACAGCACCAGCAGUAGCACCAGCAGCAGCAGCAGCAGCAGUAGCAACAGCAGCAGCAGUAGCAACAGCAGCAGCAGCAGUAGCAACAGCAGCAGUAGCAACAGCAGCAGCAGUAGCAACAGCACCAGCACCAACAGCAGCACCAGCAGCAACAGCAGCAGCAGCAGCAGCAGCAACAGCAGCAGUAGCAACAGUAGCAACAGCAGCAGCAGCAGCACCAGCACCAACAGCAGUAGCAACAGCAGCAGCAGCAGCAGCAGCAACAGCAGCAGUAGCAACAGCAGCAGUAGCAGCAGUAGCAACAGCAGCAGUAGCAGCAGUAGCAACAGCAGCAGUAGCAACAGCACCAGCAGCAGCACAAACAGCAACAGCAGCAGCAGCAGUAGCAACAGCAGCAGCAGUAGCAACAGCAGCAACAGCAGCAGUAGCAACAGCAGCAGCACCAGCAGCAGUAGCAACAGCAGCAGCACCACCAACAGUAGCAGCAGCAGCAGUAGCAGC